GGUUAUUUGACCUAGUCUGAAUUCUCCAUACACAUACUCCCUACACCGACCCCAGAAUCGACCGACCUGUGCAACCUCAAACCCUCGACUUACUGUGAAUGCUAUCAAGAUGGUCGACGAAAGCCUCAUCACCAUAACCUACCAAGGUCGAAUCGCCAUCAUCACAUUGAACCGACCCGAAAAGCUCAAUGCCCUCGACCAAGAUCUGUACUACCUCCUCGGCGAACGACUCCGCGAAGCCGACGCAAACGAGGACAUCUAUAUCACGAUACUUACGGGCAAGGGACGAUUCUUCUCUGCCGGCGCCGACGUAACGAUCUCCCGCCCAAACGGCAGUCUCAACAGCAACGCGCGCCGCGACAUCAUCCGCGGCUUCGUGGCCAACAACUUGGACGUCACGCGUACGUUCGCGCACCACAGCAAGAUCCUGAUCGUGGCGCUGAACGGGCCGGCCGUGGGGCUCUCCGCGGCGCUGAUCGCGCAGGCGGACUUCAUCUACGCGGCGCCCCACACCUUCCUCCUGACGCCGUUCUCGUCGCUAGGGCUCGUCGCUGAGGGCGGCGCGUCGCACGCCUUCGUCGAGCGGCUGGGCGUCGCCAAGGCCAACGAGGCGCUGCUGAUGAGUCGGCGCAUUCCGUGCGAGGAGCUGGUCGCCGCGGGGUUCGUGAACGGGGUCUUCGAGGCCGAGUCGCGCCGGAAGGAGGACUCAGAUGGUUUCCUGGCCAAGGUCUUGAGCGAGGUUGAGGACCGGUUGGCCACCCACUUGAACCAGGAGAGCCUGUUGCGGAUUAAGGAGUUGGUGCGCAGGCCGGGCAGGGAGGUGCUGGAUCGCCAGAAUGGUUUGGAGGUCUUUGCUGGGCUGGACCGGUUCUUGAGUGGGGUGCCGCAGGAGGAAUUCCGGAAGUUGGCCUCCGGGGAGAAGAAGCAUAAGUUGUGAUGAGGUUGUUGCGGAUUCUAGGUUUUCCGCUGGGAGGCUAGUUAGAUGGAGCAGGUGGCUUUGCGGGAUAUAAUAUAUAGGACAGGACUACUAUAGAGCGCUGGCGGGCAGUG